AUGGGCUCGACCGAUGAAUCGACUUCUUCCAAGAUCCUAGCAGUACUCUGCCAGAUCAACGCAAGACUGGAAGAGAUGGAUCGGCGACUUCAGUUUGUACAACCAUCGUUGCCUUCCCUUUCUCAGUUCUCGGCAGCAACCGACGACAAGGGUGAGAUUCCCAUCUCCGAAUCCAAGUUCCGUUCCUUCACAACCAAACAGAAAGUAUACCCCGACGGGCAAGUGCAUCUUCAAGAGAUAUCCAUAUUCGGGCCCGACCUGUUGGCUCUGCUCCAGGGAAUGUCAAAUCCCUGUCCGAACCUUGACGAUGAUACGAGGCAAAAGAAGUGUAUGUUUCCCUUCGCAGACCUUGUGGCUCACUGGGACGCCUUAUCAUUGCUCUGCAAGGAGUCUACCCAGACAGAGCCACAAUUUAGAAGCAUUGUGUGCCCUAGAAAUCUCAGAGUGGAUCUCCGAGAAGAUAUCAGCGAAUUGUUACAUUGCAUCGAAUUUGCAGCCAACUGCCGCAGCUGUAUCGGGGAGAGAUGCGCCAAUGCUGAGCGAGGAUUGGUUCGGUUUGAGCAUCUACCGAGUCUAUUCGCUCCGGGGGCGUUGCUCUCGAGCGCCGCGGAUGCAGACGACCAGCAAGUUGUAGAGGUAUUGUCUUGUGAUACUGAUUCCACGUCGUCGUCACUGAGGCACUGCCUGGUGGAAUACUGGCAUUUUAGGUGGACCGGGGAAGCUUUCACCAAAAUUGGAGGUAGAUUUCAAAUCGAGCACUACACCGGGACAAAGCGGAUCGAUGGACUGCCGUUCCGCCCCUUGAUCAACUCUGACGCGUCCCUAGCUGAUCUGAAGCAGGCGAUUAGCAAGAGUGAGCUGAGCCUCGAGGUCUUUAAGAAGCUCAAGAACACCGCAAAAGGGGACUAUCCACUUUGGCACUAUGACGGAAAGGUAUUUGAUGAUGGCAAUAAGACACAGAGCUCAGAUCGUGUGAUUGUCGACCCAAAAGCUUUCUCAGAACACCACAAGGAUAAGUCGACGUCAGAGCCGACCCUCGGCUGCCAUUGUCCAACAUGCACGGCACCUUUUAGCAUUGAUGACGUCUCAAACACCGAGAGACAUUGCCUUCUCGUCCCAACGAGGGUUGAGGGAUAUCUUCUCAAGUCAAGAAAGUGGGUAAGCGUGCCCCUCAGAGGUCUCCACGGGCCCUCAGACCAGUGGGAACUUACUAUCAUCGACCAUGUCGUCGUAUUGGACGAUGCAAUCAAGGAGUCCCUCAAGUUGGACAUCCUGACGUAUUUGGAGAAAAGAAAUCGCUACUACAACGAAUCCUCCGACAUCAUCGGUCACCUACCUGGACUGGUCCUUCAUUUUCAUGGACCCCGUGGUGUGGGGAAGACACUAACGGCUGAGGCGCUGGCAGAGUACAGCCAGCGCCCUCUCCUGUUCCUAAGCCUGGCCGAGUUGGGCCUCGGAUCGUCAACGUUCAACAGAAACCUGUCCGAGACGAUGAAUCUCAGUGCCCGUUGGGGCGCGAUUCUUGUCAUCGCUGAAGCAGAUGACCUAUUACAGGCGAGAAGCCUACACGAAGACAUGGCUCGGAAUGCACUGGUGGCAACAUUGCUGGACAGGCUCAAUCACUUCCACGGAGCCUUGAUCCUUCUUACUAGCCAUGUUUCUGCCCUGGACCGUGCGCUCAAGGCGUAUGUAAAGCAGGUAGCAUUCCGGCCACUGUCCGCAGACGCCUCCGCUCGGAUAUUCCGUUUCUUUCUCGAGCGCGCAGAAACGGAAAACACGGAGGUCGAACGUGAGAUCCUAGAGUGGUUCCAAGACGUCACCACAGACUGGGAGGCAUCGGGCCGUGAGAUCCGAGGUCUGUUCGUGACCGCAGUCGACCGAGCAUCGGCCAAGAGAAGAACACUGACUCUGGACGACGUAAUCAAGGCGUACACUGCGAUGACGGGGCGGCGAAACGACUGGGAUUUCGUCACUGAGAGCUCGCUGUAUGUAGACCUAUCCCAGAAGGAAGACCAAGCCGCAGGACGGCAGACCACCCAGACACUCCUACACGAGUUCGGGACGGCGUGUUCUGUUCCAGACGAUGGACGGCUUCCUCUUGCCUUUUCGAAAUCAUUCUUCGAAUGCCGUAGGCCCGACCCAUCCUCCCAACUCAUUACCCGACUGAGCGAACUCACUGAAGCGCUCCAACAACGGCAUGGCGACUUCCAUGUCGUCGACUGGGGCUGGCCAAGAACACGAUGGUGUCCGCAAGCAGGUUGCGUAUAUCAGCUGCGGCACCAAGGGUCAUCAGCGUCCAGUCCUUCUGAAACAGCGCAAGGACGGUGGAAACGAGCCGGAUUCACCUUUGGAUUGCGACGACUGCUGGACGAGGGAGGACACAAUAGGGGAUGCGGUAAGCCGUGGAGGAGACUGUUGCUUUGUCAAGGUCUGGCGAGCGUAGCAGGAGACGUUAGGGGCAAGGGAUUGAUGACGUCCGACAACUGUCGUUACCUGCCCGUCUUCCCGUGGGUUGCCAUUAACAACGCUUGCUCUGAUCCUCCAGAAACACCUGAACUUUUUCUUCACCCCCUGGUUCGGAGCAUCACCGCGCAUCUUGGGGCAACCCCGCGGAGACUUCAGAGCCCUAUAGGUCUGGGGACACUUGGAAAGGAUGACCAGGGGUUCCAUAUAGUGUUCUAUGAGCUGCUUCACCUGGGCGAACCACCGGCCGGAGUCGCCAGCUUGCCGAACAUGGUGCCAUUUUAUGACAGAAAGUCCAAGUUCCUGAGGAAGAGCUGCUUCACCAUGCUGCAUGUACCUUCAGGGGAAGACCUCCCGCUGCCAGAUGUCAUCCACUGGACCAUCGUCUGCCUUACGCCUACCAAUUUCUGGCCUUCUGAAGAAACGUAUGCAAUUAGCGAGUCGCCCUCGCUCCGGGCACAGUCGCUGCACUACGUAGCGAAGGCCCUGAGCGUCGCGGCCGCACGCUGGCACGACGUUCUGCAGGAGCUGGAUGAGCUGGUGGACAGCGGGGACGCGCUGCGUGAGCCGGAUCGGCUGCAAGACAUCUUGUUUGAUGACAACGCCUUCUCGAUCUCGAAGCGGUACUUCUGGGCCAUCAACGUCGUCCAUGAGAUAGUCAACCUACUAGACGAUAACAUCCAGAAGUGGGCCUUGUACCAGAAGACCGCGGUGACGCCCUUUAGGCAGACCGGGUGCGUGCCGGGUGAGGUGGAGGACUGGCAAGAGAAAGCGCAGGCCACACUUAGGAGGGCCGACCAGGAAGCCGCGGAUGCGUGCACGGAGCUGAAGCGGCUACGGCAGGCGUUCCAGGAGAAGCUAGAGCGCAUCACUGUCAUGAGAGACGGCCUUUUUAACGCCAGUGCGGUCAUGGAAAGUCGGGCGUCGACCCAGCUGGGGGAGAACGUGAAGCUCCUCACCUUUGUCAGCAUUUUCUUCCUCCCCUGGGGCUCUGCAUGGCAAGCUGCCAUCUGGAGCAUAAACGAGUCGUAUAGCCGCGAGGCCCUCGUCAUCGUGACCACCCUGGUGGCGCUUCCAACCUACUUCGUCACCUUCAACCUGAACAAUCUGAUUCGGAUCCUCCACAGGGCCUACGCCCCAAGACGGCGCGUACUGGUCGAGCAGAUGGAGCGGGACCACAAGUGGAGCUGGCUGGCCAACAGGCUCAAGGCCUUCCAGCGGUCCGAGGCGGGCGAGCGCAGACCAUCUGAGUGGAUGGUCAUGGCCUUCGCUCUGCGACAGAUGGCCCUCGCUCUUGCCGAGACCGUGUCGGGUCUGUUCCGCUUAACGGGCCGGAGGAGGCAGAACGGCGGAGACGUGUGA